AUUCGAAGGAGAGAUGGAAUGAAAAACUCACAUACAUAACCUAAACAAAGAACAAGCGUUGAAUUCAUAUUUUUUGUGCUGAUUUUUUUUUGCGAUUGUGAAUACGGAUACUAAAUAUGUCGAAUUCACAUUUAUUUUUAAAAUCGGGAUUUCCGCGAGCCACACUUCAAAAUGGUUUGGGUCGUUACGUUUGCCAAUUACAGCGAAUCACAAUAAAAUACUGUAAAACAAGCGGCUGCAGCAAAGGUGUCAGAAAUUUCUUGGAAAAUCAACUGUUGGAUUUCUCCACUAAAAAUCCCGGUGUAGUUGUGUACGUGAAGCCCCGUCGUCAUCGACAACCGGUCAUUGUUGCCGAAUAUUUGAAUGGUGACCGUCAUUGGAUGUGUGUUCGUAGUUUCACUGAAGAGCAAUUAACAAAAUGGAUUGGAUUGAUGCGAACACAAAAUGCAAAUACAAGUGCUGUACGAAUGCGAAAACAUUGGCACACCGAUUGGCCAUCAAUUCAAGGUGCUUGGACACCAUUUACACAUCAACAUCCCGAAUUGACAAAUGCCACAUUUCCAAAUUCAAAAUAUUCGAAACCAUUGGAUGUGGGACAAUCGGCAACGGACAAACUAUUGGAAUUAUUUGAGAGACAAAAAAUCGACGAUAAAGAAACGCCAAAAAUUACCCAACAAUAGAUUUUUUUUUUAAAGGGUUUAGUUUGAUAGAAUUGAUUAUAGCAAUUGAAUAAAAAAAUUUAAUAAAAUUUAAAAAAAAAUAAACAUUCA